GGUUCAGUGGCUCUAUAGUCUAUACGCCCGUUGCUGCCAGUUGAUUGAAACGUGCCUGUGUUCACUCCAUUACAAUUUACAACUCGCAAGCCACAAGCUGACCGCUGACCGCGACUUAACCCAGUCUGUUGCGCGCAUCUACAGCGUGCAGUUAUUUCUCAACCGUUCUUAAAAUGGCCGAAUUAAAAACGGCGUGGCAUUUCGCCGGUGUGUUAUUGUUUACAUUAGCAACGGACGCUGCAUUAUCUGGACUUUAUAUCGAUAAUGGUGUCGAUCAAACAGUUAUCCAACAUUCUAUGACGCGAUACGAGAGACAAGUGGUGGAACACGAAAUUCUAGAAUUGUUGGGACUAGGCGAGAGACCGCGACGUUCUCAGCCCCCGCCGCUCGACAGAUCAGCCCCAAGUUUUCUGUUAGAUGUUUAUAAACAGCUGGCCGAGGAGCAUGAACUGGCACGUCCAACGCGGAGUUCCGAGAAUGCGAUUAGUGGCGAUGAACAACAAGCCAUUGAUGAAAGUGAUCUUAUUAUGACGUUCCAGAGCAAAAAACAUCAUUUAGGUGUGCUUCGACAUGGACACGGUAGACACGUGUGGUUUGAAGUGACAGGCGCGCCCGGCGAUGCCUCGUCGCUCAUCACCGCGGAACUCCGUUUACACCAGUCAGCAUCGCAUACCGCGGAGCCGACAGAUUUGUACACCGUGGUCGCGCAUCGGGUGCUCAGUGUCGAUAACUUGGGUGGCAUGCAGAUGGAGAAGGUGGCCGCGGUGAACACGAGCGCUGGGUCCGAAGGUUGGUUGGAGCUGAACGUGACGCUCGCGCUGGCGUCUUGGCUCGGAGCCCCGGCAGACAACCGCGGGUUCUUCGUCACCCUGCAUCCACAUUCUCAGCCAGAGCGACAUGUGAAACCUGAAGAAAUAGGCUUAGAGGAAACUCGUGGUCCUAACUCGGAGGGAAAACAGCCGUUCCUAGUGGCAUUCUUCAAGAACGGACCUAAACUUGACACCGCAGGCGGCAGGCGAAAGCGUGAAGCUAGACGGUGGCGCUCUCACGGAUAUUCGGAGAACUAUUUAAGGAAUCCGUUAACAGAUACAUCCCAUUGGACAACUAGGAGCUGUGAGAUUCAAACGUUAUACGUUAGUUUCAAGGACUUGGAAUGGCAGGACUGGAUUAUUGCCCCCGAAGGAUAUGGCGCUUUCUACUGCAGCGGAGAGUGUAACUUCCCUUUGAACGCACACAAAAAUGCAACUAACCACGCCAUUGUCCAGACGUUAGUUCAUCUGUUGAACCCUACUCAGGUGCCGAAACCAUCAUGUGCUCCAAUCAAAUUGUCGCCGAUAUCCGUCCUAUACUACACAGAUGACUCGAAUGUAAUACUACGUAAAUACAAAAAUAUGGUCGUUAAAAGUUGUGGGUGCCAUUAAUUAACUGUUUAAUUCACAAAUAAACUAGUCUAUAAUCCAUCCAAUUACGAUAGUUAGAUAAAUAAUU